AUGUUUCAUUGGAGCCUACAAUCGCUUCUCAGCACUUUAUCAUUGGUGCUGAGUCUUUCUACUCUAGGUAGCUCAGAAGGAGGUGGACAAACAAUCAAGUACACUGCAUCUCUCGGGGACACCGUCAAGUGCCUUAGCGAGGUCAACGCUGCGCGUGAGGCAGCUGGGCUGCCGAACUUCGCAGAGGCACCAACGGACAAUAAAUUAAAAGAUCCACCACAAGGAACAGCACUUGAAGAAGAAAGCGAGUGGAAAAAGCUUUGCACACAUUUGAUUCCAACGGAAGGAACGGAAGAAGCGGCUAGCUCACGCUCAACGAAUCCUUUUGAAGAAGGAACAUAUGCCUUUAAGUCCCUAGCUGACGCGGAACCCAAUUGCAAGGAAACAGUUGAUUACUGGAAGGCAGCCUACAAAAACUUCACUGGCCUUCCACCAUCAAAGACUAAAGACGAAAACCUGUACAGCAAUCAAGACAACGUUUCUUUUGUAGCCCUCUACAACCCUUCAUCUAGUGCCACUGCAGACUGCCGAGUCGUCACCUGCACUCAAACGACUACCACAACUACAGGUGGUGGGAUGGAGUCAGCUCAUGUGGAAGGCGAAACUUCAAAAAACGGCUAUGCAUUGAUUUGCAAGACGAUGCCUGCUGCUUUUGGAGAUGGCAGCUCUGCUCCAUUCACGCAGGAGCAGUGGGACAGGAUCAUAUCUUCUCUCACAGGCUCCGCAUCGAUAGCAGUUCCAAGUUUUAUUGCUCUCGCCAUUGUGACGUUCGGCAUUACAACUUUAUGA